UUAGCUGACCGCAAGAGCAAUGAAAGACUAGGAACAAGGGAACAGAAGGGAGGGGGGCUCCGGGGCAGCCAAAAUAAUGACGAAUCUAGUCCAACAAGUACAUUAGUAAACUAGUUUUAAUUGGACUCGAAUCAUUUCGGCGUGAUGCCACACAAAUAACUCCAGCUGCAUAGAAGUAAAUUGUCUAAAAUGUCCUGGAAAAGCGAAUUGUUUACUUUGUAUCGUCCUUGGAGAACACACACACGCUGAAAAAAUGCCCCGUCGUGUUACGAACUAAUGUCCUUCCGCACAUUCCAGAGACUGGAGGCACAACAAAAUAGUGCAGCUGCAUUGAGUUUGCAUCUGUAGCGAUUGCAAGUGUUGCGAACUUGCAAUUAAUCUACUUUUUCUCUUACGUGACUAGAAAAACAAAACGGAAUAUUAGGUAUGUAUUCCUGCAAGUUAUUCUAUAGGCUACUUUAGAAUGCUGAAAACGUGUGGUUUUGUUAACGACAGGACAAUAACUCACCUGAGAGGUCAUAUGGUUGUGUAAUAAUACUAGCUAAUAACUCAGUAGUUAACCAACAUUCACGAGAUAAGAUACAGCGGUAGGCUACCAAGCUCAUAAUUAAAUUGGAUACCGAGAGCUCUAAACAUCACAAUAAAAGUUCAAGCACCUAUAGAAACAAAUAUUUAACUUCUCCAUCCAUAAUAGAGUAGUCUAUAUUUGUCUAAAUAUGAUUUAUCCGCGGUCAUUUCAUAUACCUGUUGUUAAACUUCAAAUAGUAGUUAGUAAAUAGUAAUGUCUUAUUACAAUGCGCCGUGCAUGAAAUGGGACUGCAUUUACCCCAAACCACUGAGAAGUUUGCGUAUGAAUGGCGAAUAAUAUUGUGGGGUGGUAUCCAUCCGCGCUUGGUGGUGGGGAAGGUGUCCCGGUUUGGAGAAAAACGAGUCACAGCACCACUGCCAGAUAAAGGAAAAGAGGGGGAGGUAAGUAAAUUGGGGGAAGGAAGAAACAAAGUUCUUGAAUGUGUGAUACACUCGCAGAAUGGAUUUAUUCUUGAUUAUCAGUGAAUUCAGUUUGUGUUUUAGGCUUGAAAGUGAAAGAAAGCAUUUGGAACCGUUUCUACUGAAAGAAAGAACAUAUUUUCCUGUCUACACUGGACCCCACGAGAACGACGAGAAAACCGAUCUACCAAGGAGCUUGCCCACAUUGCACUGAAAAGCCCACGCAGUCUAAAGGAUAACGGAGUCAAUGGACUAUCUUGCCCUUUCAAUAUAACGGAAAAGAACAACUACAAGAGCAGAGAGGUUGUAAUUGGAAAAUUUGAGUAGUGUAAUUAUUUGUUGGGCAAAUAGCGGAAACAACUCGCAGUUUGCUCUUGACCAUUCGGCUACAAGUCCAAUGGACCAUUUUUCAACUGAAGAGAGAUGCAGGUGUGGAGCGACGUAGACAAGUCUCUAAAGCAAACGGAAUCCCCAACGAUAGUGUAACUACACUCAAGUUUUCUAUUUAUUUCCGUAUUUAUUUUCAACAUUGCUGUAUUGAAACAGACAGGACUGUAGAAGUAGUCAAAUUAGUCAAUGGAUACACUUGCAUCCCUCACAAUCUGUCUGUGUGGAUGUUCCGCGGUCAGAACAGGAUGACUCUAAAGACAGUAGGCUAGUUAUCACAUGAUUUGGACGUCAUGUAGCGAACCUAAAAUGUCUUAAACGUCUUAUUUAACGUCUCUUUUGUAUUUAUUGUGUACAUAUUCUUAGGCAUUUGUCUGUAUUUUUGAUCACUUCUUUGUGGGAGGUGGAUCUGUCUGUUUGUCUUUGUGUUUUAAGACUGGUCCCUGUCAUUUCAAUUCAACUACUGUAGACAAACUGUAUUGUAGAUGUAGGCCUACUUGAAAAUGUUUGUGUAUUUCCAUUCAUAGUGUAUUUAUUGCGUUAACUUAUGACAUAGUUGUAGCUGUCUAAUUUCAAGAAACAUAACAACUAACACCAGACGAACACAAGGCAAACCAUGGACCGACUUGGAACUAAGCUAUUGGAAAAGUUGAAACUGACUGAUUCAGGAAGUGUGAAAUUUGCCAGUUCAAAAAAGGAAAAAAAGGAAUUGGCGAAUGCCAAUAACAGCAAUGGCAACAGCGGCAUCACCAGCAUCAGCGGCAUCACCAGCAGUGGACUUCCACCAACGCCCAACACGGCUUCCUCCUCGCCCUCAAGGCCCGGUCAGUUUUCAAUCGCCUCUCAAACCCCGAACGAGACGAGCGGGCCAAUGAUUGGACGAGGCAGCAAGGGAAUGGGAGGGUCUUCGUCUCAGCUGCUCUCUCCGCUGACCACCUCCACCCCGCUGCCUCCCGACGGCGACCCGCACCACCCGUCGACCCUGGCCCCUCUCCGACGCCGCUCCCCCCAACAGCGGGCCUCCUGCUACCUGGCCGAGGGCGUGGACAUCCAGAUGCGCCGGGAGUCGGGCCUGGGGGGGGAGUGCGACCCGUCCGUGGGGGCGUUCGGAUCCAAGGCCUCCCUGAACCAGCGCCGUUACUCCCUGGAGCUCCAGCAGCUAGUCCGGCGCCACCAGCUCCUCUCCCAGCCUCCCCCCCUCUCCGUUCCCCCGCCGUACCCCUCCUCCUCUUCGGCCUACGGCUCCGCCCCGCGCCCCGGGGCCCUGGUGGAACCGGCCUACCUCUCCGAGCCGGAGCGCCACAAGCGCUUCUCUCUCCAGGAGGCGCUGUUCUACAAGCGGCUGAGCACCGGCAGCGAGCUCUGGGAGAGCCCCAGACCCGCUUCCCUCUCCCACCCGCCGCACCGGCCCUCCGACAUGGGGGGAGGGGGAGGAGGCUUCUUCUAUCCCCCGGGGCCGACCCUGAGCCCCUGCUCCUCCUUCAGCCUGCAGGAGUCUGUGCUGGUCAGCCCCAGGUCCAGCUUCGCCUCCAGCACGGCCAGCGGAGGAGGCGGCGGGAGCCCCAUGGGGAGCCGCUGCAGCAGCAACAGAACCAGCGGCAUCAGCCUGAGCUACGACACCCGCCACAGCACCUCCUCCGCCGGGCCGCCGCAGCAGCAGUUCUCCUCCCUGCAGCUGGGGGCCUCGGGGUACGCAGGGCCGGGAAGGGCCGGCGGGGCACACUCGGCCGAGGGCUGGAUGCAUUACAUGGAUGCAGGGGCUAUGUGUGGACAAGGGGUCCAGGAUAGCCGGCAUUCCUACCCGCCUGCCGUGGGCAGCCCCGCGGCUGCGUGCUACCGGGCUGGACCGGAGUGGUGGGACGAACAGCGGAGCGGCGUCAGAGGAGAGGAGGCGGGAGGCCUGGCUGGGGAACGGGCUCGCUACUCAGACCUGCCGGGCACCCGGUACCAGGAGGAACUGACUCGUCUGUUGCUAAGGGAUGCGGCGCUGGAAGGGGAGGGGCUACUAGGGGGACUGAUGCUCAAGGAGCAGAAUGCUCCAAUCAAAGGCCUCGCCAAGCCGGCGACACUGGCUCCUGCCUCAGCCGGAGGACCAAUCAAAGGCCAGGAGGAUCCAGGGACGGGGAGAGAGGCUUCCGAAAGCCGCCAGGAGUUCUUUGGGACCUGUGUGAAGUGUGCGAGAGGUGUGUACGGGGCGGACAACGCCUGCCAGGCCCUGGACAGCCUCUACCAUACACGCUGUUUCACCUGCGUGUCCUGCGGACGCACUCUGAGGAACAAGGACUUCUACAACGUCAACGGCUCUGUGUACUGUAAAGAGGAUUACAUGUUCUCGGGCUUCCAGGCCGCAGCGGAGAAAUGCAGUGUGUGUGGUCACCUGAUUCUGGAACAGAUCCUGCAGGCCAUGGGGAACUCGUACCACCCGGGCUGCUUCCGGUGUGUGGUGUGUUCCAAGGCUCUGGACGGUGUCCCCUUCACUGUGGACCAUCAGAGCAACAUCUACUGUGUGACAGACUACAACAAAACCUUCGCUCCUAAAUGCGCUGCCUGUUUACAACCCAUCUUACCUACUGAGGGCAGCGAGGAGAUACUCAGGGUGGUGUCUAUGAACAAAGACUAUCACUUCGAGUGCUACCAUUGUGAGGAGUGUCGGAAGCAGCUGUCUGACCAGCCGGGGUCCCAGUGCUUUCCUCUGGACUCACAUCUCCUCUGUCAUCCCUGUCACAUGGCCAGGGUGUGCAUCGCACCCAACACCACCCCCCACAACGUACACUGACAACUAUGCAGCUACAAGACUUCUCACACACACACGGUAUAGACCAACCCCUCCUCUUGCACACCCAGGGGGGGCUCAAGAUCUUCUCCAAGGUCUCUCCUCGACGAGCUCAGACACAAACGAGCUGAAACAGAGACUUUUACUCUGAAGGCAGCAUACGCUCUCACCUAUACAGGCUGGGUCCUGAUUAUGACAGACACAAGUGCCUACGGCUUGAUCUCUGACCCUGGUGCUUCACAAUAAGAGUCCUGCUGCUUCAGAUCAUCACUGUACCAAUACUGUACAUGGUCUCAGAGUGGGAAUAACAGGCCAAACUACUGUUUUUAUUCCCCGUCCCCUACAUGGCUACUGUUCGCUAGAAAAGAACAAGGGAUUAAUUUUGUUAAGUUCUGUAUUUAAUGUAAUUAGCAAACAAUUUGCACUUAAACAUUUGGAUUUUUGUUUACCAUAAGAGAUGUGUUUCUGUACAAGUACAAAAAAAAAAUACAUUCCUGUAUCUGUUGUAAUUAUUAAUAAAUAUUUUCCUUUUUGUGUUUAAA